GAAUUUGGAAAGAGAAAUCGCACACACAAGCUUGAAUAAAUAAAGCCUAUAUAUAUAUACCAAAUGACAAUUUUAGCUCAAAUUUUUGUAAUUUUGUUUUGUUUUAAGCUGCUGUAAAACUAAAUCGCACGCCCAGCUUAAACCCCAAAACCCCAAACCUCGCUGCCGCCGGCGAUGGCCGUCCGCCGCCGCAUCCUCGCGUCAAUCUCUUCUUCCACCUCCCACCGCAAUUGGUCGCGCUGCCUAUCCACUUCCGCCACCAACUCGCCUCCUCUUAUAUACGACUACUCCAGCAACUCCCCAAGCACCGCCGCCGCCGAGCAAUCCGUCACCCUCCAGCUCCUCUCAUGGGGCCGUGGCGCCUCCGGCCAGCUCGGUGGCGGAAUCGAGGAAAUCAGGAUAUAUCCGGCGCCUGUAUGCACCAUCAUUGCCCCACCUAAUUUCUCCCUCUCUCGCUCAAUCCCUGGCCGUCUCCCUCAGCUGAGUGAUGGUGAGCCGCCAUUGGAGGUGGGGAUUUCGUGCGGACUGUUCCAUUCCGGUCUGCUGGUGGACGGGAAGCUGUGGAUUUGGGGCAAAGGUGACGGCGGGAGGCUUGGAUUCGGCCAUGAGACCUCGGCUUUUGUUCCCACGCUGAACCCUAAUCUGGAAUCUGACGUUAGAAGCGUUGCUCUCGGCGGUCUCCAUUCCGUCGCCCUCGAUGUCCUUGGCCGCAUAUUUACUUGGGGUUAUGGUGGAUUUGGUGCCCUUGGGCAUUCGGUCUAUCACAGAGAGCUGUUGCCUAAAAUGGUAAAAGGAUCUUGGGAUGAAGAAAUGUGCCAUAUUGCAACCAGUGGUACACAUACAGCUGCCAUCACCAAGUCUGGGAAACUCUAUAUUUGGGGGCGAGAUGAAGGGGAUGGUAGAUUGGGCCUUGGUCCUGGUCGUGGCCCAGAUUUUGCUGGUGGUCUUGGCACGCCUACUGAAGUAAAAGCAAUGCCGGGGCCAGUGGCUGCUGUUUCGUGCGGUGGCUUUUUCACGAUGGCAUUAACUGAAGGGGGUCAGCUUUGGAACUGGGGUGCGAACUCCAAUUAUGAGCUUGGUAGAGGUGACAAAAUCGGUGGCUGGAAACCCCAACCUGUUCCCAGUCUCAAAGAUGUUCGUUUAGUGCAAAUAGCUAGUGGUGGAUAUCAUUCUCUUGCUUUGACUGAUAAGGGAGAAGUUCUUUCAUGGGGGCAUGGAGGACAUGGUCAACUAGGUCACUCUUCCCUUCAUAGUCGAAAAGUUCCUGAACCUGUUGAGGCCUUAGCUAAUGAGAAGGUCACUUAUAUUGCUUGUGGAGGUUCAUCAUCAGCUGCUGUAACUGACAAGGGGAGGUUAUACAUGUGGGGCAACGCUGCAGAUAGUCAACUUGGCGUUCCUGGACUUCCCGAAUUUCAACCGUCACCUAUUGAGGUUAAAUUUCUCUCCGAUGAUGAUGGAUUAGGAGAUCACAACGUGCUUUCUGUUGCUGCUGGUGCUUCUCAUGCUAUGUGCCUCGUUUCAAGAUCAAGUUGCUAGCAGGUGAACUAACUACCCCCCUCAUAAAUGGUUAGCCUUAGCCGAAAAUAUAGGAAGGGUAGAUGUUCGGUUCGUGCAAAACUUCUUGAAAGAGAAUGAUAAAACUCUUUUUACUCAUAGCAUCAUAGUACAUCUUUAUCGGGAGAAGGCAGGAAAGAAUCACUACUUUAGCAGGAACCACAUUUUUCCCAAACAAACCACGUACCGCCUCUGUUUUCUCUCUACAUGCUUAUGGGCAAUCAACUUUUUAGUCUUCAAUGCACCUUAUGCUGUUGAGGCAUUGCUAUUGUUCACAGAUGUUGGAUUUAUAAUCAUAUAAUCCCAAAUUGGUUAAGAAAUUAUGAAAAGUAACAAAAAGAUGGUAUUAGUAAGUUUGCUUGAAAA